AUGGGAGUCACAGGUUCGGGCAAAAGUAACUUCAUCCGUUUCGCAACAGGCUCCCAGGAUCCAAAAAUUGGUGAAGACCUAGAAUCUUGCUUCGACGACACCCACCGUGGUGAUGCUGACAUACUCGCCGAGAUCGCUGAGACGCUGAGCGCAACGUACAAGAACAAACUCAAGCUCUCUGGAAUCAUCUAUCUGCACCGAAUAAAAGAUGAGAGGAUGACGAACGCCAUUAUGCGGAACUUGACUAUGUUCCGCAAGCUAUGCGACGUCACGAAAGCCGAGCGCCGUGAGAAGCAGCUGGUCGAGGAGCGAACAUGGUGGGGAUACAUGGAGAGUAAGGGUUCGAAAACCCGCAGGUUCAUGAAUACGAGAGAAUCUGCAUUAGAAAUCAUCGCCGAGAUUGCUGGGUUGCCUCGUGUUGCCCUGCAGAUACAAAGAGAAAUGGUAGGCGAAGGGCUAGACGUCAACAAGACAACUGCCGGGGAAGCCCUAAACAAAGAGCUCACUGAUCUAGCAGCAAAGCAUACCGAAGAGUUGAAGAAAUUGCAGACGGAGAUGGAGCAGGCGAUCAAAGACUGA